AUGGAAGGCAGAACCGCCACCGUCGAUUCAAAGGAGGAUAGGAGGAGGAGGACCAGCGCGAGCAUAUAUGUUCACCGAGAAGGAGGAACUGAAGCCAGAGUGAGCAAGCAAGAUGUGAUCGAGGAGAAACUAAUAGAGUGGCGCAGCGGAAGCGUAAUGGAGAAAGGACGUUUUAAGAGCGUUGAGGAGGAACACGAGCCGACCGAAGAGGAAGAGGAGCUCCUUGCGUGGGCCAUCCUCCCGAGGUCGGCAACCACUAGCCUCUCGUCAUCCACCCAAACCGUGCGGGCCCUUGUCAAGGUCGAGGCCUUUGCGUUACGAGCUGACGACCUUAAUUGA